CCGCGCUUCCGCAUUGGGGAGCCGGCGGCGGAUCUCCGGACGCGGGGAGCUGGGGUCCCGGCAGCGGGGCGGCCCGCGGGCCCUGGGCGGGGAUGCACCGCCGCGGGGUGGGAGCCGGCGCCAUCGCCAAGAAGAAGCUUGCCGAGGCCAAAUAUAAGGAGCGAGGGACUGUCUUGGCUGAGGACCAGCUGGCCCAGAUGUCAAAGCAGUUGGACAUGUUCAAAACCAACCUGGAGGAAUUUGCCAGCAAGCACAAGCAGGAAAUCCGGAAGAACCCUGAGUUCCGGGUGCAGUUCCAGGACAUGUGUGCCACCAUCGGGGUGGAUCCUCUGGCCUCGGGAAAGGGAUUUUGGUCUGAGAUGCUCGGCGUGGGAGACUUCUAUUAUGAGCUGGGCGUCCAGAUUAUUGAAGUGUGCCUGGCUCUGAAGCACCGGAAUGGAGGUCUCAUAACUCUGGAGGAGCUCCAUCAGCAGGUGUUGAAAGGAAGGGGCAAAUUUGCCCAGGACGUCAGCCAAGACGACCUGAUCAGGGCCAUCAAGAAACUAAAGGCACUUGGCACUGGCUUCGGUAUCAUCCCUGUGGGUGGCACUUACCUCAUUCAGUCUGUUCCAGCAGAGCUCAAUAUGGAUCACACUGUGGUGCUGCAGCUGGCGGAGAAAAACGGCUACGUGACUGUCAGUGAUGUCAAAGCCAGUCUUAAGUGGGAGACGGAGCGAGCACGGCAAGUGCUGGAACACCUGCUGAAAGAAGGGCUGGCCUGGCUGGACCUGCAGGCCCCAGGCGAGGCCCACUACUGGCUGCCCGCUCUCUUCACUGACCUCUACUCCCAGGAGAUCACCGCUGAGGAGGCCAGAGAAGCCCUCCCCUGACUCUGGGAGCACGGGAGGGGGCACACGGCAGACAGGGAGAAGAGGGAGGAGCUGUUGGUGAAUAAAACCUGGACAACUUUGUUUAAAAAAAAAAAGAAAGAAAAAAUCUUCCAAGUUUUUUCUUCCCUCAAUAUUCUUUACCCAUUAUUUUAUUUUUUAAAGUGCCUUCACAUUGCAUCUUUAUUGGAGAAAACCUCAUUUAUCCAGUAAGGAUAACCUGAGUAACAGAUAAUAGUGAGCACGUAUAAAAUGACUUGCACAGGCCAUCUACAAGUUUCUGGUAGAGCUGGGGUUGAAUGAAGGCCGUCUGUCUCCUGGCUAGACAUUCUAGUCUCGUUGUAGCCCUGAGACAUAAAUUACAGCCUCUGUUAAUUCAAACCUUUUCCUUAUGAAAUGUUCCUUAUCUCAACAAGACCCUAACAGACCAGUAAGUAACAUUCACUCUUUCAGUCUCUUCCAGCUUCCUCUGUAGAGGUUCCAGGUUAUGGCAGACUCGGCUGAGUGUGAAGGAAAUAGAGGUCAGUGUUAAAUGCUGGUUAGAGAAGAAAACAGUGGAAUUCGAGGGGAAUCAACCAAUAGUGGAUGUGGUAUUCUAUUGCUCAAAUUCCCUACUAGCUUUCCCUCCUAUACUGAUCACGUCCCUCUAGCCUUACUGGGAAAGAGAAUCAUUUACUGAACACCUACCCUAUGCCCAGUUCUAUAUACGCCUCAUUUAAUCCUCAUAGCAACCUUAAAAGUUAAGUACGUAUCUUUAACUUUGCAGGUGAGGAAUCGAAUUAAUUUACCAGGGGCCACCAACUCAAGCAGAGCCAAAGCUGGAGUGGAGGUCCACUAACCCCAGAGUCCAUGUUUUUCUGUAUCAUGGCUUUGCAUGGCACAAGCUGGCAGGAUACUUGGUGUAAUUUCUUCCAAAACACAGGGUUAGCCAAGAAAAACCUGUGCACUAAAACGCAGGAGCCUUCAACAGCAAGUAGGGAAGGCGGUGAUGAGCUGGGAGCCCACUCUUCAUAGUUUGAAUGCUCAAUUCUUAAGAAGGGCAGGUUUAGUAUCAGAAAACUGAAAACCCAAUGGCUUGGAUUAUCCACACUAACAAUCCACCCCUUAGCAGGGGAUAUGUGGUCUAAGCCCAUCUCUACCUUUGCCUGUCCUUGUGGGACAUACUCACUUCCCAGUUUCUUAAUAGGCAUUUCUUUGGAAGCAACUGACGCUAAGAUGGCAUUCCUCUCCCUGACUGCCAGAGCUACAGCCUCAAAAAUAAUGGACCCUAUUUCUGGUUGGUGGGAAACUCUUGUCACCAUUAGUCCUGCUUCCACCUACAUCAUGUAACCCAAGUUUUCAGCUUCUACACAAUUCACUGAACACUUUCUCCCUGACAGUUUUAGGCCUAGGUGAGAGGUGUGAUUGUCAGAUGAUCCCAUUCUUCCUUUUCACAAACCCUCCCACACCCACAGGCGCUUCCUCCUUCUGCCAAAACAAACUUUAUUGCACCAAAAAGAAAAAAAAAAAAACUUCAUUUAUGUACAGUCAGAUAUAAAGACAUAUCUCUUUGACUCCUGUGCAUAUAUUUCCUCAACUCAAGAUUAGGGCGUAAAAGUCAGGCCGGUAUGCCAGACAUGCUCUGCCCAUGGCAGGGCCAAGGAGAGGAUUGUCACUUGAAAGUGGGAACACUUAAAUGGAUGACGGACAACACUGGACCAACAGACCAAGGGCAUUCUUCUAAGCCCUGUACUAGCUCCGGGAAUGGAAGAGGAAAAUUGGAAGCAGGGUUCCUUUCUGGGUCUCCUUGUUUAGAGACCCAGCCUUCAGGUAUUCAAGAUAAACUUCCGCUUCCCAAGCCCACUUCCUGUCCAGUUUCUUUGCUUCCUGCCCUCCCAAGUAGGACAUUCUCCUUUGUGCCCAACCCCCUCAAGGAAGUCCCACGAUCCACAAGGCAGAGGCCUGCAAAGCAGCGGGCAGAGCAGGUACAAGUUAUCCUCUCCCUGACGCGUGGCUGGAUACUGACUGAGGCCCUGCGUCAUGUGGAUCGCCAAUACCCCACUGGGAACCAUAACAGUAAGAAAUCUGGAAAGUACGGGAGAACACAUCAGAAAGGGGAAGGAUGGAUUCCCUUGAUGCCCAGUAUCACAGGGCACCUAAAGCACAUUUUUCUGAGCCAACCAGCCAAAGGAUCACUGCAGCUAAAUACAGAGAAGCGACACAGCCAGGCAAACACCCAUCAGAGCCAGUGACAAAGAGCAGCUGGGAGGGAGGGGGAGGGGAGGGGGGGAGGGGUCUCCAGAGUCCCAGCCCCAAUCCCCUCUGCCAUUGGCUACCCUUGCUCCCCACAAGUCCCUGGGCAAUAAAGUGGGGGGGGGGGGGGGGCUACAGGCUGGGGUGAAAAUACACGAGGAGAGCCAAAGAAAAUACAAUGGGAGUAGCAUCAGUCUUCCCCCGCACCCCACCCCCAGGAGAAAUACCCUCAUUGUGACUAGUAUUUAUGAAAAUCUGUAAGAGACUAUUCUAUGUAGUGGCUCUAAUCCCA